CCGUAAUUCCCUUGCCCUUCAACAAAGAACUGAGUUUGCUUCAACACACAGAUUCACCCUCAUAACCCUACUUUAGCACCGCGCUUGGACGGCCACCAUCGACUGCAGGCAUGUCGGAUUCACUACUCCCGGAAAGCUCCAAGGGGAAAGCCAAUGGCGUGGGAAAGGCUUUGAGGACCAAGGACAUUGAUGGCCACGAUCUCCCUCCAUCACCAGCGCCGAGCACACCACGGAAUGGGAGAAAGUAUGCGUUGAUGACGGAGCUGGUGUAUACCGAGGGCAGUGACCAGUACAACGCCAGCAGCGUGCCCAUAUACCAGUCUGCGACGUUCAAGCAGAACUCGGCGACGGGCGGCGGCGAGGAAUACGACUACACACGCUCCGGAAACCCUACACGCACACAUCUCGAGCGACACCUGGCAAAGAUUAUGAAUGCGAACCGCGCGCUCGUCGUCUCCUCCGGCAUGGGCGCCCUCGACGUCAUCACCCGACUUCUACGGUCUGGCGACGAAGUCAUAACCGGUGACGAUCUCUACGGCGGAACUAAUAGACUGCUCAAGUAUCUGUCGGCACACGGGGGCAUAAUUGUCCACCACGUUGAUACGACAGAUCCAGAGACAGUGCGGAAAAUCGUUAGCAGCAAGACCACCAUGGUUCUACUGGAAACCCCUACGAACCCACUGAUCAAGAUCGUGGACAUCCCCUCCAUCGCCUCCAUUGUCCACGCCGCAAACCCCUCCGCCAUCGUCGCCGUCGACAACACAAUGCUCUCCCCUCUCCUCCAAAAUCCACUCGACCUAGGCGCCGACAUCGUCUACGAAUCUGGUACCAAAUAUCUCUCGGGUCACCACGACCUCAUGGCCGGCGUAAUCGCCAUCAACGACCCCGCACUUGGCGAAAAACUGUACUUCACCAUCAAUGCCUCCGGCUGCGGUCUCUCGCCCUUCGACUCCUGGCUGCUCCUCCGCGGCAUCAAAACCCUAGGCGUGCGCAUGGAAAAACAACAAGCAAAUGCCAUGCGUAUCGCCACAUUCCUUGAAUCUCAUGGCUUCAAAGUGCGCUACCCGGGCCUGAAAUCGCAUCCCCAGUACGACCUCCACUGGAGUAUGGCACGGGGCGCUGGCGCUGUUCUCUCUUUCGAAACAGGCGACGUCAAUGUUUCAGAGAGGAUUGUAGAGAGUGCGAGACUGUGGGCGAUUAGCGUGAGCUUUGGGUGUGUGAAUUCGUUGAUUAGUAUGCCGUGUCGUAUGAGCCAUGCCAGUAUCGAUGCGAAGACGAGGGCGGAGAGGAAUAUGCCUGAGGAUAUUAUUAGGCUGUGUGUCGGGAUUGAGGAUCCGGAGGAUUUGGUGGAUGAUUUGAGUCGUGCGCUCGUCCAAGCCGGCGCCGUCAACAUCACAUCCGAUGGUUUCCUCGCUCUCGGUGUGGGCAGCUCUCUAGGGAAGGCCGAAGCGUCUUCUGAAGAAGGAGAGUGCUCUAAGAUAGCUCCUACGCCUGAGGAGUAACUCUCGCCGUUCUCUUAACCCCUCUCGAUUCGACUCGCCAUCUCCAGCGGACGUGUUCUGUUCUGUCAUGCUCUCUCUAUUCUGCAGUUUUUCAUUAGUCACCUCUGCCAUGCUCUCCCCCCAAGCUGGUAACGUGAUACAAUACUCUCCCCAUCUCCUUCACUGUGUCUA